GCUAUCAGAAUUUCCCAGUCAUCGAAGUAGCUUCACCAGAACUUACCUUCCAGGAUCAACUAAUGGAAGGUGCUCUGAGAUGUGUAAGACAAAAGAUUCCAAUUUCAGAUCUUCUGAUUCAGGUGACAGUAUAAAGAUGGAGCACAGAAUGAAAAAUGAGUGUUCAAAAGAUACAUACCACAGUCACUCAUCUCACUGUACGGACAGUGGGAAGUCUAGCUCUGAAAAAAGAAACACUCCAAAUUUACCCACAUGCCCUCCUGAAGAGCUCUGCAAUGGUGGUCCUCAAACAUGUCUACCCAACUAUGACCACAGUUCCAACAAGGACAACAGAAAGGAAAGAAAAGAAAUUAAAAGUAAUGAACAAUAUAGUAGGGGAAAUGACAACAAGUACAAAAGAGAAGUACAUCAGAGCACUGGAAACAAUGUAACUACCUGUAGCAACCGUGAUGGUGAAGAGGGGAAUUCAGAUCCUCAGCAAAAGCUGAAAACCCCUUCAGAGAAAGCUAGUAAAAAGGAGCUGCAAGAAAAAAGUCAGAGCAUAAGACACAAAUGCAGUCCAAGUGCAGAAAGAAGAGCAGAAAGGAGUGUUUCUUCCUGGGAGAAACAAACUGCUGGUAAAGACAGAUUUCAGACAAAGGGCGAAUUGUAUGCUGAUGAGAGGUCCCAAAAUGUAUUAAAAAAAGAUGAUAAAAUGCAUGAUAAAGAUGAAAAAAAUGCAGGCCAAAAAAAUAAAGCAAAUGAAAAGCUACAAGAGCAACCGAGGAGGUCUGGUAGAAGGAGUAGUCCACACUCAAAGAAUGAACAUUCAAAGAGUCUUCACGAAUCACGUGAAUGUCGUUUGGAAGAGUCUAGAAAAGGAAAAGACAUCAACUGCAAGAGGGACAGGGGAACAAAUGAUCAUACUUCUCGAGAAGGAAGGACUUCACCUUCUAAUUCCAGCAGCAGAGAGCAUAAAUAUGCACGCUUGAAGGAAAAUAGUAGUAGGUAUGAGUGGGAAACAGCACAUUCCAAAUCAGAAAGACACAGAACAGAAGAGAAAAGGAAAAGAGAGAAUCAGGAUGACAAUAAACAUUUUAGAAAUGAAAGAAAAGUUGCAAAAGAGAUUUCUCACCAAUCUGCAAAAGAAUCCAAGAGAGAUAAGGAUGUUACAAAAAGUGAGAAAAAGAAGUUCAGAGCAGCAGAUGGGUUGAAAGUUCCCAAAACUAAAGACGAUCACGUUGGGACAAAAAGCAAAGACUUAAAACUUAGCUUUAUGGAAAAGCUAAAUUUAACUCUUUCUCCUGCUAAGAAACAAUGUCCAACAGAUAGACUUAUAACACCUUCCCAGAAGGCCACUGAUGAGGGAAGUACAGAGCUUACACUGCAGGCAGAACUGUUAGAUUCUGCCCAGCCUGUUAACUGUGGUCUCACAGAGCAAACUAGUUCAAUGCUGCAAGUUCUGGACAGUGCAGCUCAAAGCAGCAUGGCACCAGCACUGCCCAUUUCAGCCAGUUGUGAAAAUGAAGCCUUGAAAGUAGCAGCAGCAGAUCCAGCAGAGCCUGAAGCAUUGUCAGCAGUGACAACUGAUGAACUGAGCUCAGAAACUUCACCAGAGGCAGACGUGAGCCAGGUACAGCUCCAGGCCUCACCAGAAGCAGCAGAGGUACUGGUUCCUGAUGAGGUGCAGGCUGAGACAUUGUCUGAAACAUUGUCAGAAGCAGCAGAGAGUGGUGAUCUGGUUGAAUCGGAAGUCUCAGCAACAGCAGUGGCAGAGACAGAUCCAGGUCUCCCAGAAUCUUUGCCUCUGGAGGUGACAGGGAGUGUGCCAGAGUGUGAAAACUUGCUGGCGACAGUGGGUGUGACACAGGAUGUACCAGCAGCAGAAGUGGCACAAUCUGAACCUGUCAGUGAAAGUAAGGGAGCCAUUCCAGAGUCAGCAGAAGACAAGAAAGAGGAAGAUAAAGUGUGGCCAGCUGCUGAUACAGGAAACUCAGCAGACCAGUGUGAUUCUCAAAACCUUGUCUCAGAUGACUCGGAAGCCAAAAGUUCUGGUGCCCUGGAGUCCUGUGAUGUUGCAGAUUAUGUUAGUGAAAAAAAACCAGACUGUUUAAUGGAAGUGGUGAAGGACAGUGGUCACUUGGCUUCAGAAAAUGUUGCAUUUCCUGUGGAGGAAAAGAAUAACUGCAAAAUUAAUAUGAGUACAUCUCAGUCACUUGACAAAACUAUGUUAACUGAGAAGUAUGAACCAUUAGUUGACCAGAAUGCUUGUGAUCUGGAGCCAGACCUAACUGAAAUCAGUACUACGUCAUCUCUUAGUGGUGAGAUGUGUCCAAGAACUAAAGAGAGAGAAACUAACCAAGUUACUGUUGAUGAUGACAGCUCAAUACUGAGCAUUGAUCUCAAUCACUUGAGGCACAUUCCCAAGGCGAUCAGUCCACUGAACAGUCCAAUGCGCCCUUUGGCUAAAGCACUUAAGAUGGAAGGUCCCUGCAAAGGUCUUGUGAAGAGUUAUAAUAAAG